GGUCGUACACACCCACAUUUAAUAAGGCUUUCGUAGAGGCUGUGAGUAUUUUCACGGGUAGGGUUCACAGAGUUAUAUACCUAGAGCGCGCGAGCCAGACACUCGGGUGCGGCAACCGGAAGUACCUCGGCCGCCAUCUUAGGAAGCCCAGUCCAGCCAACUCUCUGGUCCAGCCCGCAACUUCAAAGUGGAGAGGGGAGGAGCAGCGCACGAUGGAUCUGCUGUGGCGCGCCUGCUGUGUGCUGGCGGUGGUGAUGGCGGGGGCCGCGCGUCCCUCCGCAGGCCGCGCCCUAAACACCUCGGACUACCUGGAGCAGCGCCAGGCGAUGCUGGCCCAGGAGCAGACAGACAUCAUGGGACAAGACAUCGUGCUGACGGCGGCGGAGGAGGAGGCGAACAAGGUGCUGAUGGCCGCCAAGGACCUGGAGAUGGAGGACGGCUUCGAGACCCUCAACUUCAUCCCCUCCAAGAACUUCCUCACGAUGGUGCAGCAGAUGGAGGCCUCGCAGGUGUACAAGCUGAUCAAGAAGAUGCCCAAAGGCGCGGCGCUUCACGUCCACGACACAGCGUUGGCCUCUUCGGCGUGGGUAGUGGAGGAGCUCACCUACUGGCCUAACCUCUACAUGUGCUACGAUAUGUACAACCAACUCUUCUUCAGGUUCUUCGAGACGCCCGACACCUCCUGCGACUGGAAUCUGGUGAGCGACGUGCGGGCCAGCUACCCCUCACCGGACGAGUUUGACGCCGAGAUCUUCCGCAGACUCACCCUACUCACGGAGGACCCGGACGAGAGGUACCCGGAUAUCAACACCGUGUGGUCCAUCUUCCAAGGCUACUUCAUAGCCAUCACGGACCUGGUCAUGUACCGCCCCGCCUGGGAGGCCUACCUCUACCACGCCCUGCAGGAGUUCGCCGACGACAACGUCCUCUAUGUUGAGUUCCGCGGUACCCUGCCUUUGCUGUACGAGCUGAACGGCACGCGGCUCACCGAGGAGGAGUCUGUGGCCGUGUACCAGAGCACGGCGCAGCGCUUCCUGCAGGACCACCCCAACACCUUCUUCGGGACGCGAUUCAUCUACGCUCCGCCCAGAAGGGUGGACAACACCACAAUGAGCACCUACAUCGCCCUGGUGAAGCAGCUCAAGGCACAGUUCCCGGACUUCGUGGCGGGCUUUGAUCUGGUGGGGCAGGAGGACUUGGGGCAGCCUCUCAUCAACUUCGUGGACUUACUACUCGAGCUCUCAGAGGCGGACAUCAAGGUCUUUUACCACGCGGGGGAGACGGCAUGGAUGGGGAUGGAGUCGGAUGAGAACCUGAUCGACGCUCUGUUGCUGAACGCCUCAAGGAUUGGCCACGGCUACGCCAUCGCGAAACACCCCAGGGCUAAGGAGAUGGCCUUGGAGAAAAAUGUGCCCAUGGAAGUGUGUCCCAUUUCAAACCAGGUGCUCAAACUGGUGGAGGAUCUAAGGAACCACCCCGCAGCAACCCUGGUGGCGGAGGGCUUCCCCAUCGUGGUGUCAUCAGAUGAUCCAGGGGCCUGGGGCGCAGUGGCUCUCUCACAUGACUUCUACGAGGCCUUCAUGGCUCUUGGGGGUGCCAAGGCUGACCUGAGGUUCCUGAAGCAGCUCGCCAUCAACUCAAUCAACUACAGCAGUUUAAGUGAAGAGGACAAAGUUCAACUUAUGCUGAGAUGGGUAGAGAAAUGGGAUGAGUAUGUGGACACUGCCCCAAUGCUCCUCUCGAGCAACCACAGCCUGGCCCAACAGGAUGAAGCUGCUGAGCCCCAGACCUCCACACAGCCACCGCCCUCGCCCUCCUCCUACCCGACCGUCACCACGAUAGGGGGUUAGUUUCCCCAAAAAACUGUGAAGCUGUACAUUAAUGAUUUCCAACCAUUUUAAACAUAUAAGAACUUGUAAAGUCUUCAGGUGACGUAUUUAUGUCUAACACGCCUAAACAUCCAGUGCAUGCGACUGCUCUGGAUUUUUGAUAGCCUGUCAUAAUUGUCAUAAAGUCAAUAUUUUAGUU